AUGAUCUCUUAUUCGCAUCCUUUUGUGUAUAUUUCUUUUCGCGGUUUUUUCCUUCUGCUUUUCUCUCCACAAUAUCUGUUGUCAGCAGUACAGGGUAGCCCGUGGCAUAAGGCCAGGGACCUGGAAAGCACUCUAACCUCAUCUGAUCACUCCGCCGCCCCUGCCCCGUCUCCACACUUGCCAACAACCCACGUCUGUCGUACUGUCUAUGUCUUUACUUCUGGGUUUACUGUUAUUCUCACACCUUCCCCACAAAUAAUGAUCUCCUUUACCCGUCGUUUCGCUUUCAUCCAUAGUAAUACGAACUUACGCCGUUUUGUUGGAUCUUGGAGGCUUGGUCUUGCAUAG